AUGCCCAUUCGCACAGAAGACAAACCAAGUCCGCCAAUAAUGAGGAUCUUGCAGCUGAACCUCAACCAUUGCAAGGCUGCUCAGGAUCUCCUGAGUCAAACCAUUCUCGAGGAGCGCAUCAACGUGGCCGUAGUAAGCGAUCAAUACAAGAACCUUGAACCGCCUUACACAUGGCUAGCUGAUGCCAACAGCCAAGCCGCGAUCUGGGUGCAGGGAGGCAGCACGGUGCAGGAGCGCCCAGCAAGAGCGCGUCCCUUUUUCACCUGGGCCCGAAUCAACGGAAUCUACCUUUUCAGUGUCUACGCUCCACCAAGACUCGCUGACGUAGAAUUUUUCGCUCUUCUCAGUGACAUCAUAGAGGAGGCCUUGAAUAGGAGGCCGCUCAUCGUCGCGGGCGAUUUCAACGCCUGGGCAACGGAGUGGGGAUGCCGAGUGACGAGACAGCGUGGCACCAUCCUCCUGAACGCGCUCGCCACCCUCGAAGCUGCACUGCUAAACACCGGUGACACACCAACAUUUGCCGGUGCAUUGGGCUACUCGGUCAUCGAUCUCACCUUCGCCAGCGACACACUCGCUCCCCGAAUUACAUCAUGGGCUGUAAGCGAACUAUACACACAUAGCGACCAUCAAGCUAUUGUGUUUGAGAUAGCGAACAUCAGACCGCCUAGACCCACAACGCGCCAAAGCUGCAAAUGGAACGCAGGCACCCUUGACACGGAGUGCUUCUCAGUCACGAUGGCCAAUGCUGCGGUUCCACCCGGGCCCACUGAAGAGAUGGCGACGAGGCUCAUGGCCGUCAUUACCAGUGCAUGCGACGUGUCUAUGGCCAGGUCGGGCGGAAGACGCCGUCGCUGUGCGGUGUACUGGUGGACAAGCGAGAUUGCCGACCUGCGGCGCUUAUGCCUGCGAGCGCGAAGGCUUGCCCAAAGAGCACGUGGUCGGCCAAAUGAAGGCGCCUGCCAGGCGAGCUAUGCCUCCGCAAGACGUCUCCUGCGCGCUGCCAUCAAGACCAGCAAGCGCCUAUGCUGGAGUGAGCUAUGCGACGAGGUCAAUGAGGAUGUGUGGGGCAAACCGUACGAGACAGUCAUGUCCCGUCUCAGAGGCCCGAGAGCAAUUACUCCAAGCUCUCCGACCCUAGUGCGCCGCAUAGUGGCUGCCCUCUUCUCCCGCGUGCCUGACGUGCCAGCUCUGCCACCACCAGUCCAGGCAGGAGCAUUCAUACCAGCCGUCACCCUGCCCGUGCACCCCUGUUUUUCAGUGCAAUAA